AUGGGCCCGAAAAGAGGUAAAAAGGGCACUCCGUGGCCAGAAUCACGGUUUGCAGAUGACCCUGAUAUACGCGCAUAUGUAGCUGCAGCCAUCAAAGAUCUCGAGGCACUGAAGAAGCACCAAGAAGCACUGGAGAUUGGCAUGCCCCGUGAGCUCUCUACUUCUGUGGUUGACGCGUUCUUAUACCUGGCUCAAAGGGUAAAGAAUACGCCUACGAAUGAGCAACUAGCACAGCAGCUCGCGAAGGUCAAAUUACACGUGGAAAAGACGCAGAAAGAGGUAUCUCAGGCCUCUCGAGAGAUUACUACGACCAAAAGCAACACGAACCGCCUGGUGGAGGCAAUAUGCCACCCAACAUCCCCAGGGACAUAUACCGUGAAAAAUUCUCCAAGCUUCAGUCACGUGACAACUAGCUCAGAGUCGUACGUACAGGCCUGGGGACGUAAGGUGCCCUCGAACCCUCCCACGGUCCCUAGCGUGGGAUUGAGUAGUAGAGGAAGCUUGCCAUCAACCCCAUAUCCAAGCCAGGAGGACCUAGAGGUCUAUCUGGAACAUACCGAUCCAAAUAUCCUCAACCCGAUAUAUCGAUUCCCGGAUAAGGUGGUGGAGAAGGCAAAUCUCGUAAUACACAGCACUCAAGACACCACCAUCGCACAUCAACGAAUUGCGGCAGCCUGCACUGUCAGCGCCAGAUCUACUGCGCGUACUACGCUGGAUCUCAUGAUACAGAGGAUUGCCCUACACCGAAAGAGAAAGAAUACACUAAAUGUGCUAAUUGCACCGCAGAAAAUUCAGCCCGGAGCCAUCUCACCAAAUGACCCUACACCAGCUGAAGUAGCCAAUACAGAGCAAAGUCCUCGUGCACCGGCUCGUACAGCCACCACACGUCGAUCUGCCAAUUCAAGAAGUAAGAGCGCAGCAGCCGCCCAAAAACGAGUGGCAGAACGAUCUGAGCCCGAGCCGAUAAGCCCUACAUCAGGUGACCCUACCAAUAGAUCCUCGAAAAAGCCUAUAAGAGCGCAGUGGGAUAAAGAUCUAGUUAUAGAUGCAGAUCCUAAUCCUGAACCUAAGACAGGACCUGAGACCCAGAUCAAAUAUACAUAUAACACACGUGCACGUCAGAAUACGAAGCCUCCACCAGGAACCCUGGUUCUGCAAUCAGAUAUUGCUCCACUAGAAAUUUCACAUAUGCAAGCUGUUAGGACUGUCCACCAAAGUAAGAGUGUGUGUACGAUCCUAGACGAUGACUUAUCUGAGGAUGAACUUACCCAGCCAUCAAUCCACGAAGCCCCUCAGGAUCCAAUCAAGCCAGCUCAGGAGGCUGAUACGCUAAUGACCACAAACCUUGAAGACAGCACCUAG